AAAAAGAAAAUAAGGGAGCACCCCGAAAUAAAUAAACAAAAUAAAAUAGUGCUCCAGAGUCCAGAGUCUAGCAAGCGAAGCCGAACCCAUGUUGCCUUCCUUCCAAGACAUUCAAAGCACCCCGCAACAAGCACGAGUAGUAGUGUAACCCAAGAAUUCUUGUUCUCUCUGUUUCUUCCUCUCCUUCUCUGAGAGGGAUAAAGAGAGAAGUCUCCAAUUCCGAUCCGAACAAGACCCCGAGAAAAAACGAAAAAAUGCCUGACACGGAUGGCUCCUCAAAACCCCCACAAAUCUCUGAGAUGUUCCAGAAAUUUGCCCAGGCUUUUAAGUCCAAGACCAUUGAAUUCUUCGCCGAAAUCGAACCCGUCGAAGAUUCCGAUGGCUUUUCGCUUCUUGACUCCGCCGAAGAAGUGAUCACUGACCAGAAAGUCGUGGUCAUCAAACCCGACCCAAUUCGCGGUUCCUCUCUGCCAGCACAGCCAUCACCAUCACCACCACAGUCGGUGAUAACAAGGCCGUUGAGCCGGACCCAGAAUAUAAUUAUCAAUACCCGGAUGACCCAGACCCUGAUUUCUUACAUUUUCGCCACCGUUUCCUCGUUUGAAGCUUCGUACUUUCAGUUACAGGCUGCUCACGUUCCGUUUGUUGGGGAAAGCGUGAAGGACGCAGAUAGAGCUUUGGUCUCACACCUCCAAAGGCUGUCUGAGUUCAAGAAAUUCUAUAAAGAUUCUUGUAGAAACCCGGAUUUUGGUGCUGAUUUGCCAAUUGGGUCUUGCUUGGAAGCUCAGGUGGAAGAGAAUCAGAGCAAGCUGCGGAUACUCGGGAGCGUCUCGAACCGGUUGCAGACAGAGAUUGAUCAGAAAGACAACCAGGUCUUGGCUUUGAAGAAGAAGUUGGGUGAGAUUCAGAAGUCCAAUUUGGAAUUGUCAAAGAGGUUGUCUGGUAAUUUGAAUUCAUCUUAUGAGGUUUUGUUGUCUGUUAGAGUAUUUGAUUCUAUGUUACAUGAUGCUUGUAGAGAAACACAUAGGUUUACAAAAAUUUUGAUCGAAUUGAUGAGAAAAGCUAUGUGGGAUUUGGAUUUGGCCGCCAAUUCUGUCUAUUCGGAUAUUGAAUAUGCUAAGAAAGGGCAUAAUCGGUAUGCUUUUCUGUCGUAUGUUUGUUUAUUGAUGUUCAAAGGGUUUGAUUUAGAAGAGUUCGGAUUGGGUGAGAAUGAAAUUGCGUGCAAUGGGCAGAUUUUGAGUUCAGAAAAGAAUAGAACCUCUUUGAAGCAAUUGCUCGAGCACGUAUCUAGCAACCCUCUGGAGUUGCUAAGUAUGAGUUGGAAUUGUGAUUUUUCUAGAUUUUGUGAGACUAAGUAUCAGGAGCUUAUCCACCCUACCAUGGAAUCGUCCAUUUUCAGUAAUCUGGAUCAAAAUGAAACUAUAUUGAAUUCGUGGAGAUCACUGAGUGUCUUCUAUGAGUCAUUUGUCAGAAUGGCAAGCUCGAUAUGGACUCUACAUAAGUUGGCCUUUUCAUUUAAUCCUGUGGUUGAGGUUUUUAAAUUGGAGAGAGGCGUGGAUUUCUCCAUGGUGUACAUGGAAGAUGUCACAAGGAGAUGUAUGUUUCCCGGUAAAACCAGAUCAAAGGUGGGGUUCACAGUGGUUCCAGGAUUUAAAAUCGGAGGGGUAGUAAUUCAGUCUCAGGUUUAUUUAAGUGGCUUGCAAUGUACAGAGUAGUAAUCCAUGGUUCUGGUUAUGGAAGUUGUGACAAUGGUAAUGAACAGAACAGUUAGAUUCCAUGAUCCCAAACCAGUUGUUUUGGUUUUACUCUCACAGGCUUUGUUUGCCGGUCAAGGUUUAGGGAUUGAGUUCCAUGAAGUAUCAAAGAAUGCACUGCUCCCCUUUUCGCUCUGAUUGGGAGGAAACUGCUUGAAAUACACAGUUAUCAGCCUCUUGCUAUGCUGCUGAACGGGGAGCUGCAGGUGGCAGAGCAGGCUCUUUUCUGGCUAUCUCUUGACAUGUAGCUGCGAUUCGAUCUGCUUUGUGAAUUUGGUUUUCCUUAUUUAUGUUUGUUAACUCACAUGUAGAGUAAACUGUAUAGUACCUUCUUCUUCCCCCACCCCCCACAACCACCCCCCCCCCCCCCCCCCCGGGGGCACGGGUUCAUCUAACAAAUAAUCUUAGUAUUUUGACUUUCAAUUGUAAAUGGUUACUGCAGGAGCAAAUAGACAUAAUUGUUACAACUUACAUACCCUUUAGAAAAAAAUUUCUUAUUCUGAAUGAGAGAAGUAAUGUUGGAUGUCCACCACCAUCUUAUCCCAACUUUAUUUCUCUUUGGCACUGCUGAGAUGUUGGAUUCCUUAUGUUGUCUUUUCACGUUGGCUUGGAUUGAGGUUGAUGAAACACUGGUGCAUAGAUUCUAGACAGCAUAGUACUUGUUUCAUUUCGACCACCAGCAUUGUGACUUUGCAGAUGACUUGUUAGUGUAAACUUGUAUAUAAUUGCAGUAUGCGGCCGAGAGGCUCAAUUUCCUGCUUGA